AUUUCUUAUUCUCGUCGGGAUCUUCAUUCAUUUCGCGAUUUUGACAACACAAUGACCGAUUCACCAAUACAAAAUUUUUACAAAUCUAGCAAUGUGUUCAUAACAGGAGGAACUGGAUUCAUGGGUUCAAUCCUGGUUGAGAAAAUACUCAGCACCACAGAAACUUCCACUUUGUAUAUGCUGGUUAGGAAGAAGAAAGAUCAAUGUGCUCAACAAGUUCUGGAUAAAUUAUUCGAAAAUAAAAUCUUUGAAAAACUGAAGAUAGCUUGCCCAACAUUUCGAGAUAGAGUGCAUCCCAUAUCUGGAGAUUGCUCCGUAUCCGGUUUCGGACUUGCAGACCAAGAUCGAGAAGAGCUGUUAGCGAAAACUAAUGUUAUUUUCCAUAUGGCUGCAACAGUCAGAUUCAAUGCAAAUCUGAAAGAGGCUUACGCUAUCAAUUUCAAUGGUGCUAGAGAAAUCGUCAUCAUGGCUAAAUCAAUGAAAAAUUUGAAGGCACUGGUCCACGUAUCCACUGCAUAUUCAAAUUUUCCAAGGAAAAUCAUCGAGGAAAAAAUAUACGACUUUCCAUAUUCUUAUGAAGGAGUUUCUUCAGUCAUAAAUGCAUUGAAUGACUCAGAUAUUGAAAAACUAACCCCAAAAUUGAUUGGAUCCUGGCCCAAUACUUAUACUUUCACAAAAGGGCUGGCAGAGUCAUUUAUCAAGGAAGCUGGAAGCGAUAUACCUGUAGCAAUUUUCAGACCAUCCAUAGUCAUGCCAACAUACAAAGAACCUCUGGAAGGAUGGACUAAUAACCUCAAUGGGCCAGUUGGAAUUUCCCUCGGAGUAGUGUCAGGAACGUUGAACGUGAUGCCUUAUCAUGUUGGGAAUAACAUGGCAGACAUAAUUCCUGUAGAUUCGUGUAUAGCAGGACUGAUAGCUGCUGCUUGGGAUGUAUCCACGAAAUUCAAUAGGUGCCAAGAAAAUGUAGCUGUGUACAAUUUCGUAAGUGGCAACGAUAAUCCAAUCAGUUGGAAAGAAAUCAUGAACAUGACGGCGGUCCAAGCAAAACGGCAACUGACAAAUGAAUCUCGCGGAAGAAUUAUGGUGAUAUAUCCUUCAAACAUUAUCAUGUUCUGGAUUUUAAUGGUAUCGCUACAUUUGAUUCCUGCUCUUCUUCAUGAUAUCUACGCCGUUUUCGUCAACAAAAAGUUCAGGAUGUUACGCUUAUACAAGAGAUAUCUAAAUGGCUACCCUUUGGUGUAUCCAUUCCAUUCAAGAACAUGGACCUUCACAAACCAAAACGUUAAAGAAAUGUGGAAGAAGAUGGAUCAGAGAGAUCGAGUUCUGUUUCCUCUUUCUCUUGCAAUUGUAAACUGGGAAACAUAUUUCGAACGUUAUGUCAAGGGUCUGCACCAGAUUAGCAGGUCAAAAACUAUCAAGGAGCCAGUACCAGUUGGAAAACACAAAAGGUUCCAUUUAUUACGUCAACUUUUGAAAACUGCGCUCGUCUUCUUCCUGUGCACUAUUUUCAUGGACAUGAAAAUAUGUUGAGGGCCAAAUUCUACUGGAAGAAAGAAGCGAAAGAAAUAUAGAUCUGUUUGUUAUUUAUUACUAAGCCUAAUAAGAUUCCUAUGAUAAGUAGAUACAUAAGUUCUUGGAUAUAGGUAUCUGUGUAAUAUAAUGAAUCAAUACGGAAAUAUUUUGUUGAAUCAUGAAGUUAUAUAGAGGUAAGUUUUAAAUCAGAACAUUCGUUAUAUUCGAAUCUGCCUGUACAAUUGAUGUUCUAAUAUAUUAUAUAUUUUUUGAUAGACUGUCAUUCAACUUCAACCUGGAAAGAGGUGAUCGACAAAAAUCAAGGAUAUUUUUGAACGAAAAAGACAUUAUUUCUGUAUAUAGUGCACAAAAUGCUACUUUGGUGAUCUAGAUUUUAUUUUUUGCACGAGGAGCAGCCGAGUUUAAAAAAUAUUCGAGAUGAUCAAAGUAUUUUGCGCACGAGUUGCAAACAGCAUUUUUUUGCAAACAUAAAAAAAUAGUUAUAAACUUCUAAUAUGCUCAGCGUAAUACAAAAAAUAGUUUUGAACUGGCUUAAAAUGUCUCUCCCUACCCUUCCUGGGUACCCACGACGUUCCACGAAUAUUAUAGGAAUUUCCUUUCGUGCUCUCCAAGAGAAAAAAAAAUCAAAGUCAAACAUUCAGAAAAAAAUGGUUUCUUGGAUGUUUGCUCGAUUAGGAAACAUAGGAUUUGAAUACAAAAAUCUCAUAUAGCUUACAUACAUUGCGCGAAGUAUAUGUACUUCGUGAUGCAUCGUUUUACUUCGCACAGUGCUUCACAAAUGAUGUCGUGGUAACGUAGGAGACUGAAAAAAAAGGUGUCACUUCGCAAUUCGUUAUCAAUGCGCGGACCUUAUGUCAUUGCUUGACGUUUGUUGAAAAUAGUUAUUUUCCUAACAAGUGCGCAAAGUUUCACCUUUCCGCACACAAAUACAGUUAGGCGAACGACGCGGAGCGGAGUUCGAAUAAGUUUUUGCGUGCGGAAAAGACACUUUGUGCACGUGUUAAGAACAACUUUUUUCCUACGAGUUUCAUAUCAAAUAAAAAGGAGAAUAAAAAAAAUUAUAACUUAUUGAAAAAUGUAACUAUACAACAAUCAUUUAUAACAAUAAAAUAUAAUGAUAGAAAAUCACAUUUUUCCUACGAGCUCCAUAUCAGAUGAGGAAUAGCUGAACAACAAACAAUUACUUAUCAAUAAAAUACAGGG